UCAUUUUAAUUAUUCUCAUUUUCUGUUAUAAGCAAAAAAGGCUUAUUGCAUGGUAUCAAGUAUUUGCGAAGCUCAAAAUAACAUUUGCAUCCUAAGCAUCUAUUAGCUCUUAUAAAAGGACCUGUCUUUUCAGCUCAUGUCAGAUUUUGCAUAAUUUAUAAUACAUUCCUCCAUCAGUUGUGUCUCAACUAUGAACCAACAUCAAGCCAUAAUAGACUGCUCACAAUCAUUUAACACAGAUGUAACAGCUUUCCUCCCCUGAACUGCCCCCCACUCCCCAUUUCUUCCAGUCAUGACUUGGUUUUCAUGGAUUCUUUGUUCACUACUCAAACCAUUCACACAGAAUGGAAUAAAACUGUAUUCUUUUUAAAUUCCACACAUAAACGAGAUGCUGAAAAAGCCCUUGCCAUCUCUGACAGAAAAGCAGAUCAGCUCUGUUUCAUGAAUGACAGCACAAUUAAAGCUAAAAUAAUAUAAAAAUAAUUGGAAAAAAUCCCUUUUACUGUACACUCUCAAAGCAAGAAAGAGAAACAACAGUUUUGUUUUUUUCUGCUAGCCAGAAAAUGUGUUUCUAUUCAUUUGGGCUUUGAAGUUCAGUGUACCCCACAUCUGUGUGUCUGUGUGUGUAUGCGUGCCUAUGUGUGUGUAAUCUAGGCAGUGUGGAAGCCCCUAAUCUUUUCAUCUAGUUUGCCUAAUCAUUAAGCUACUUAACCAAUUAUAAUACUAUUAUGUCACAUUAAACAACUUUACAUAAUUGCUUCUUUGAAAUACUAGGAACACUGACACAUGUAUUUGGCUUGUAAAGGACUGAAAUAUUACAGAUAAUAUUAUCCAGCUUUUUUUUUUUUAAGAAUAUGGCUCUUAUUAAAUUGAUUUUGCGUUCCAGAGCUAAAGUCCCUUUUAAAACAUUUCUGAAGCUGACUUGUAGACGAGUAAAAAGGGUGAUGGACAAACAUGCGGGCACUAAGACCACAAGGCAUUCAUUUCCUCCUACGGUGGAUACGGACACCGGGAGGAGGAGAGCCCCAGAGAGAGGAGAUGGGAGCGGAGGCGCAGGCAAUGCUCAGCCCUGGAUGUAGCUGAGAGGCUGGGAGAGAGACAACCGCUGGAGACCAAGCGGCGUGGGGAAGACCUAGGGGGGUGGGUGGGGGAAGCAGACAGGAGAACACUCGAAAUCAAGCGCUUUACAGAUUAUUUUAUUUUGUAUAGAGAACAUUAGCGACUCCGAAGAUCAGCCCCAAAGAACAUGUCAGGGUUGACUUUACAAGAAUACGAAUUCGAAAAGCAGUUCCAACAGAAUGAAGCCAUCCAAUGGAUGCAGGAAAACUGGAAGAAAUCUUUCCUGUUUUCUGCUCUGUAUGCUGCCUUUAUAUUCGGUGGUCGGCACCCAAUGAAUAAACGAGCAAAGUUUGAACUGAGGAAGCCAUUAGUGCUCUGGUCUCUGACCCUUGCAGUCUUCAGUAUAUUCGGUGCUCUUCGAACUGGUGCUUAUAUGGUGUACAUUUUGAUGACAAAAGGCCUGAAGCAGUCAGUUUGUGACCAGAGUUUUUACAAUGGACCUGUCAGCAAAUUCUGGGCUUAUGCAUUUGUGCUAAGCAAAGCACCCGAACUAGGAGAUACAAUAUUCAUUAUUCUGAGGAAGCAGAAGCUGAUCUUCCUGCACUGGUAUCACCACAUCACUGUGCUCCUGUACUCUUGGUACUCCUACAAAGACAUGGUUGUCGGGGGAGGUUGGUUCAUGACUAUGAACUAUGGCAUGCACGCCGUGAUGUACCCUUACUAUGCCUUGCGGGCGGCAGGUUGCCGAGUCUCCCGGAAGUUUGCCAUGUUCAUCACCUUGUCCCAAAUCACUCAGAUGCUGAUGGGCUGUGUGGUUAACUACCUGGUCUUCUGCUGGAUGCAGCAUCACCAGUGUCACUCUCACUUUCAGAACAUCUUCUGGUCCUCACUCAUGUACCUCAGCUACCUUGUGCUCUUCUGCCAUUUCUUCUUUGAGGCCUACAUCGGCAAAAUGAGGAAAACAACAAAAGCUGAAUAGUGUUGGAACUGAGGAGGAAGCCAUAGCUCAGGGUCAUCAAGAAAAAUAAUAGACAGAAGAAAAUGGCACAAGGAAUCACACGUGGUGCAGCUAAAACAAAACAAAACAUGAGCAAACACAAAACCCAAGGCAGCUUAGGGAUAAUUAGGUUGAUUUAACCCAGUAAGUUUAUGAUCCUUUUAGGGUGAGGACUCACUGAGUGCACCUCCAUCUCCAAGCACUGCUGCUGGAGGACCCCAUUCCCUCUUUAUCUGUCAACUCUAGGACAAGGGAGAACAAAAGCAAGCCAGAAGCAGAGGAGACUAAUCAAAGGCAAACAAAGGCUAUUAACACAUAGGAAAAAAAUGUAUUUACUAAGUGUCACAUUUCUCUAAGAUGAAAGAUUUUUACUCUAGAAAUUGUGCGAGCACAACACACACAAUCCUUUCUAACUUUACGGACACUAAACUGGAGCCAAUAGAAAAGAUAAAAAUGAAAGAGACACAGGGUGUAUAUCUAGAACAAUAAUGCUUUUGCAGAAACUAAAGCCUUUUUAACAAGUGCCAGCUGCUGUAGACCCCAUGAGAAAAGAUGUCUUAAUCAUCCUUAUGAAAACAGAUGUAAACAACUAUAUUUCAACUAACUUCAUCUUCACUGCAUAGCCUCAGGCUAGUGAGUUUGCCAAAACCAAAGGGGACAAAUACUUCCCCAAGAUUCUUCCUGGGAGGAUGGAAACAAUGCAGCCCAGGUCCCAUGGGGGCAGCUCCAUCCCAGAGCAUUUCUGAUAGUUGAACUGUAAUUUCUACUCUUAAAUGAGAUAUGAAGCAUUAAUCUUUUGUUCAGUUGCCCCGGGCUUUUGAACAGAAGAGUAAAUACAGAAUUGAAAAAGAUAAACACUCAA